AUGAACCUGGCCACUCCCGCGGCCCUGCGAAGCAGCGAGGAGGUGGUAUACCGUAGCAGUGGCGGUGGCUUCGUGUUGAAAACGGCCUCUGGCGGUUUGUCUACAUCGCCGUGUAAGGAUGACUGGUGUAAUUUUUCCGAUAUGUUGAGGACAUUGGCGCACGAUAAAGUACUACUUGGUAGCAUUUUACACGGUGUCCCGAUGGAAGAGCAGGACAAUUUAGCUGAACUUCUGGAGCAGGUUCUUUGGGUUGCAACUGAGGUUGCCCCUGUAGAAGCCUCGCAAACGUUAUCGACGCUUCUUCUGUUCGAGUUUGAUCGUGCCUCGCGGAAACGGAACGAUGUUCAUACUUUUAUGCGGGGAAACGGUGUGGUGCCUAAGGUGUUUGACGCUCUUCUGGCCAGAGUGGUAAGUAGUGAGGGUGGAAUUGGGGAGCAGCUGCUGCAAUGUUGUAACGCUUUGUGUGCGGACGGCGUUGUACCCACUUUGGCGAAGGGUGACGUUAGUCUUGCGGAACCCGACGCUGAUAGAGUGAGGUGUGGUGACGUCGUGUCUCCUCGUUUUCUUAUUGAAGGGCUUGAUUAUUUUAACGGAUUGACGACCUUAUUGUCAGACGCUGACGGGGGCACUGCCAAUCAUCAGGAUAAUUACGUGUUGACCAUUGUAGGAAUGUUACGCCGCAUUUUGAAUGUAGUCUACGCCUCUGUGAGCCAAUGGCCGUGGAGCUUGCGACAAGCGUUGCGUUGCUUAUUGCAAGCUGUUGACGCGGCUUCCCAAGAUCAUGCGCUGCUUGGACACCGAGACUGUGACUUGGAAGCAUUGUCCACUUUGCAGCAAAAUAUUAUGGCAACGAUUGUGGUUCUUCGAGCGGUAGUGCCAUCCCUACUAAAUACUGUUUCCCGUGUACUCCCAGAAGCGAGUUGUUUUGACCCACAUUCCAUUCUAGUGCAAAAACGUAUCACCAUGUUGGCGAAGUUAGCACAAAAGGCGGCUCAUGGUUUAUUGUUUAGCGUUUCACAUGAAACGGGGAUGGAUGCCUUUAACAACGAACUUCCGGCACUAACGCAGCGGUGGGAGGAGGUAUUUCUGUAUUUGUGCCACAAGACAAGUCCACCAACUCCACGUCAAGAUGGUGAUUCGAUGACUUUUGAGGCAGAGGCUGAACUGCAGUUUUGUGAAUUUUUGGAUCGUCAUGUAGUCCACUUAUUGCAUUGGGUAGUGCAGCACAAACCGAUAGUGGAACCUACUUAUUUGAGUCGCCUGAUGUUCCUUACUCGUUACGCCCAACGAAGGUUGGGGCGUGUGGGUCACUUUGCCCCAAUUCCACUCGUGUCCAGCGUGACACUUCCUGUCGCAGAUGAUGGUUCUGUGUUUUCUAGGAUGCGACGACCUGGGUUUGGUUUUCUGUCACUUGCUUGUUAUUACCGAAAGCUUCUCGAUGAACACCCUGAGAGCCACAACGCGGUGAGUUCAUCGUCUGAGGUGAUAUUUGAUGAGCUUAUUGCGUACGCCCUUCGCCAGAUUGUUGAUCCGGAGGUUACAGGAGUACAUGCCUCUUUUUGUGGUAUUUCUGGCCUUGCAUGCGAUGGAACUGUUGGUAUUUUCAUUUACUGGGACCUACUACGUCUGUACCUCGACGAGUAUCACGCAAGGAAAGGAACCGAGUUGCAGCGACGGUGUCCUCAGUUUUGUGCUCACAGGAAAGACUCUGUGCUUGAAGUUGGUGACUCUAUUGCGUACUUUUUUUUUUAA